AAUCAGUGUGAGAGUGGGACGGGCCAUGUCUUUCCUAUUCCUUCGCCGUCCUAGGAAAACAAUUUGGUGCUCAGGGAUAUUGGGCUGCCAAAGUAAAGAUGGCGGACUUGUCGGGGACCGAUCUGUCAGAGGAGCUAAAGAAAAGACAGAAAAGACCGUGGGGUGAUUUGCACAAGUCCGGUAAAAUCGGUAUAACUCCUGAACUGCCAGAAACGUUGGGAUUUUACGAUAUAAACUCUGUCAGGAGGGAGCAGCUGGAGCAUCCGGCAGAUCCGUCGUUGACUCGCUUCAUUAGCGCAGAGCUCACCAGAGGCUACUUCCUGGAACACAAUGAGGCAAAGUACACUGAGCGCAGAGAGCGAGUUUACACGUUCCUGCGCAUUCCCAAGGAGCUUGAGAAGCUGAUGACUUUUGGCUUCUUCCUAUGUGUGGAUGCAUUCCUGUACGUCUUCACUCUGCUGCCCCUCAGGGUGCUCUUGGCCGUGCUCCGCCUCCUCACCUUGCCAUGCUGUGGCUUAAGGGCACGCACAUGCCCCUACUGCAGGAGAAGCAGCGGGUCUCGGCUGCUGCAGCCGGCGCAGGUAUGUGACGUGCUGAAGGGUCUGAUCAUGGUGCUGUGCUUCUCCAUGAUGCAUUAUGUUGAUUACGCCAUGAUGUACCACCUGAUCAGAGGGCAGUCUGUCAUCAAACUCUACAUCAUCUACAACAUGUUGGAGGUGGCCGACCGCCUCUUCUCCUCCUUUGGCCAAGACAUCCUGGACGCUCUCUACUGGACAGCCACAGAACCCAAAGAACGGAAAAGAGACAGUAUCGGAGUCAUUCCUCACUUCUUCAUGGCUGUCUUUUACGUCUUCCUCCAUGCCAUCCUCAUUAUGGUCCAAGCUUCCACAAUGAACGUCGCCUUCAACUCACACAACAAGUCCCUGCUCACCAUCAUGAUGUCCAACAAUUUUGUGGAGAUCAAAGGUAGUGUGUUCAAGAAAUUUGAGAAGAACAACUUAUUCCAAAUGUCAAACAGUGAUAUCAAGGAACGGUUCACAAGCUACGUUCUCAUGCUCAUCGUUUGUCUAAGGAACAUGGAGCAGUUUGCAUGGAACCCGGACCACCUGUGGGUGUUGAUCCCUGAUGUCUUCAUGGUUGUCACCUCGGAAGUUGCUGUUGACUUCAUUAAACAUGCUUUCAUCACCAAAUUUAAUGACAUCACUGCAGAUGUGUACAGUGAAUACAGGGCCAGUUUGGCUUUUGAUCUUCUUAGUAGUCGACAGAAAAAUGCUUGUACAGACUACAGUGACUCAGUGGCCCGGAGGAUGGGCUUCAUCCCUCUGCCUUUGGCUGUUCUGCUCAUCCGAGUGGUAAUGAGUUCGAUUAAGGUGCAGGGAGCUCUUUCAUACACGUGUGUGUUCCUCUUUUAUCUUGGGCUGGUUACACUUAAAGUGUUAAACAGUAUUGUGCUGCUGGGGAAGUCGUGUGUUUACGUCAAAAGGGCCAACAUGGAGGACAAACUUUUUGAGAGGCCAUCCACCGCUCCAUCCUCCUCUGGGAAAACCCCCAACAAAGCUGACCAGGCCAGUUGUACCACACCUUCAGGUGAAUCUAAGAUGGAGCAGAACCCUGUCACACCCUGUAGCCCACCACCAUGUUCCUCCUUCUCUGUGACCACCCAGCCAACUCCCAGGAGUGACUUAUUUCCUCCCCUGCCCACUGAUCCGUCUCCUGCUACUCUAGCUACCCGCUCUCCAACGCCACCGCCUGAACCUAGACAGCCUGCACCUUCACUCUCCAAAGAAGAGGAGUGUGAGGCACAAGGAGCCUCUGAACUGAAGCACAGGACUCCCAAAAAAGACCUGCUGGAGAUUGACCGUUUCACAAUCUGUGGUAACCGCAUCGACUAACCAGCGGCAGCCGCUGAUGUAGCAAAUAACCACUCAGGAAAGACGGAGAGCAAAUGGCCCUUCAGCCCAGCUCUCUAGGCCAACAGCAGCAGAAAGCGGAGUAUUUAUUAAAGUCAGUGGCAAUACAGUAAGUUAUUGUGAACAUAGACGAUCCUGCCGUUGUUGAAGCUUGAAGUCGAGAAGUUUGGCAAAGAAAACUUCAGCUGGCUGAUAAACAACUGAAGAGAGAGCGAGAGUGUGGCAGCUCAAUAUUCUGAACUGUCAUGUUAGUGUGUGUGUGUGUGUGUGUGUGUGUGUGUGUGUGUGUGUGUGUGUGUGUGUGUGUGUGUGUGUGUGUGUGUGUGUGUGUGUGUGUGUGUGUGGAUCGUUAAGUAUUUGGUGUGUGUGUGCGAGAGAGAAAGAGAGAGAGAGAGAACACACAAGCACUUCCUGUCUGAGCAGCACUGGGACCAGAAAGAGAGAAACUUCUCAGUUUACUCAUUAGCCAAAAAAA